ACUGCUUAAUAUAUCAGAUUUAGCUGUGAGCUGGAGAUAAAUCCGUAGAAUGAUAACAUUUCUUCUUUCUUUUGUAAAACCUAAUUUAAAAAACGAAUAACUGUUACUGUCGCAGACAUUUUGUUAUGACGUCAGGGUAAACAUGAGACCACGUGACACAACCAGGAAGUGUGAGGAAAGCUAGACCGUCUGAAUUCACAAGGCUGGUUAAAGUCUAGCCUUCGUAGACCGGGUGGGCUACUGGAUUCGUAGGAUGCAGUGCACGGAUUCUAACACAGGCACUCAACACUUUUUAACGAGAGUCUGUGCCGGCCUCUCCUAACUGAAGAUAUGGAUUCAGUUAAUGGUGAUCAUGAUGACGGUGAGACCACCUCUUGGGUGACGGUGUGUCCCAGAGGCCUCUGGACGGUCCAGAAGAAGCUAACCCAUUCUGGAAGUCAACACAUUUAUUCUAACAACGGAGAAGUGUUGUCAUCUGGCGACAAACCAAGAUUGGGUUCCGUGUGCCACGUCCGCGUGAACCUCAAAACCAACAUGGAUGAUGCAGGAACAUUUGGAAAACGAUCUGAGACCAGCCAAGGACACCGACUUGAUGCUCCAGGAGCAAAGUGUCCAAGGUGUCGGGACUCUGUGCUGCAGGUCCCACUGGGUGACUGGACCACACUACGACUCGGGGAGGGUCAUUGUGAUGUCACAGAAUCCUGUUUGGAGGGGAUGAGCGCUGGGGAGACAUGUGAGAUACGUCUCACUCCGGUAAAAGGAGCGGAUAUUUCAAACUCUCAGCCUGUGCAGGAAAUAUGUGCCACAGUGGAGCUCCGAGCUUUCACAUCAGGAAAGGAGUCCUGGGAGAUGUCGCCUGGUGAAAAAUGGCAGUGGGUGAGGUCCCACAAGGACAGAGGCGGGGAGAGAUUCAGAAGUGGAGACGUGUGGGGAGCGGCGGACAGCUACAGUCGAGCCCUCAAGCUCGUCAUCGCUCUCCGCGGAUGCGAGGUGGAUAGAGAAGAGCGAGACGUAGAAGAACAAAGAGUCACGUACACUGAAGACGAAACGCGCUCUCCGACCGUUAACCAACUCCAAAGUCUAAAAGCCGAACUUCACUCCAACUUGUCGUUGUGUCAGCUCAAACUCAAACAGCCAGAGCGGGCCAAGGAAAGCGCUGCUAAGGCUACGCGGCUGGAACCGGGCGGGGCCAAAGCGUGGUACCGACUCGGACAAGCCUGCCAGAUGGUGAACGAGCUUGAGGAGGCCCGAGUGGCGUUCAGAGAACUGCUGAAGCUGCAGCCAGAAUCCGCUGCCGCUGUGAAGGCGCUUAAAGAAAUAGCAAGUAAAGAGAAGCAGACAAACGCAGAGUUUGGAAAGAGGCUAAGUAAAAUGUUUAGCUAACGAUUAUCGAGCAGAAAUGAGCCAUUUGGAAGACAGGAUAUAAAACUUCAUUUUGAGUAGAAUUAAAAUCGGUUCAUACUUUUUCAAUAAAACUAUAUAUCUCAAAAUGUAUAUUAACAGUGCAUGUUACUAAUAGUACUUUGCACUUGACUAGUAUUACAAUAUGCAAGAAUGACAAAUCAUAUUGUAGUUACUAAAAUGUUUAUUUCGGUAUCAAUCAACAAUGAUACUGACCCAUCCAUCCAUUUCUAUGCUGCUGGAGCCUAUCCCAGCUAUAGACAAACAACCAUUCACACUCACAUUCAUACCUAUGGGAAAUUUGGAGUCGCCAAUUAACCUAGCAUGUUUUUUUUUUUAAUGUAGGAGGAAACUGGAGUACCCAGAGAAAACCGAUUCACGCAUAGGGAGAACAUGCAAAUUCCACACACAGAUAAUUUAUUUUAUUAUAUUUAUAUAAUAUUAUAUAUUAUAUAAUAUUUAUAUUAAUAUUAUAUAAUAUAUAAUUAAUAUUCAUUCAUUCAUUUUCUACCGCUUUUUCCUCAUGAGGGUCGCGGGGGGUGCUGGAGCCUAUCCCAGCUGUCUUCGGGCGAGAAGACUGGUGGCCAGCCAAUCACAGGGCACAUAUAGACAAACAACCAUUCACACUCGCAUUCAUACCUAUGGACAAUUUGGAGUCGCUAAUUAACCUAGCAUGUUUUUUGUGGAAUGUGGGAGGAAACCGGAGUACCCGGAAAAAAAAAACACACAAACUCCACACAGAAAUGUCCGAGGGUGGGGAAAGACAAAAUAAGUAGCCAAAAAGUUACCACUUCCACACAAAAUAGGAGAACUCAUUCAUUCAUUCAUUCAUUUUCUACUGCUUUUCCUCACAAAAAGCAGUAGGUGCUGGAGCCUAUCCCAGCUGUCUUAUUCGGGCGAGAGGCGUGGUCCAAUCACAUGGCACAUAUAGACAAACAACCAUUCACACUCACAUUCAUACCUAUGGACAAUUUGGAGUCGCUAAUUAACCUAGCAUGUUUUUUGUGGAAUGUGGGAGGAAACCGGAGUACCCGGAAAAAAAAAAACACACAAACUCCACACAGAAAUGUCCGAGGGUGGGGAAAGACAAAAUAAGUAGCCAAAAAGUUACCACUUCCACACAAAAUAGGAGAACUCAUUCAUUCAUUCAUUCAUUUUCUACUGCUUUUCCUCACAAAAAGCAGUAGGUGCUGGAGCCUAUCCCAGCUGUCUUAUUCGGGCGAGAGGCGUGGUCCAAUCACAUGGCACAUAUAGACAAACAACCAUUCACACUCACAUUCAUACCUAUGGACAAUUUGGAGUCGCUAAUUAACCUAGCAUGUUUUUGGAAUGUGGGAGGAAACCGGAGAAAACCCACGCAUGCACGGGGAGAACAUGCAAACUCCACACAGAGAUGUGCCGAGGGUGGGAAUUGAACCCUGGUCUCCUAGCUGUGAGGUCUGCGCGCUAACCUAUAAUUAAUAUUAUAUAAUAUAAUUAUAUUGUGAAAUAAUUAAUUAAUUAUUUUAUAAUUAUAAUUAAUCCAGUCUCUUGUAUAGCAUCAGUGUGUCCUUUAAUCACAUGUCCUCCUAAUGUUUCUUCUGCUUUUUAAUCCCAUCUGUAUGUCUCUGAGCCGCUGUCACUUGUCUCCAUGCGUCCACGAUGAGCGCCAGCGGUAUAAUUAUCCACAAAAAGUUCAGAAACACAAAGUAGAACCAGAAGUAGACGGGGUGUCCGAGCUCGCUGUGAGAGUAGCCUUCUCUGUGCUCUAUGAAGAAAUACAGCACCGCUCCGUACAGCUGACCUGGAAUCGGAUUACGGUGCGUAUUAAUACGUUGUUGCAAUAUAAUGUAAACAAUUCACCACAAAUUGCACCAUUCUUACCAAGUGAAAGUACGAGCUGCAAGACGUAUCUGUAGGGCUUGUUAGUUAAGAAGGCAAACACGGCCCAAAAGCUGAACGGUCCCCAUAGCCAUGCAGUCACAGUCUCCAUACAAAUUGUGAAAUUAUCACCUCUAGACACAAAAGAAACAUUCUUAGAACACAAUUUAGCAAUCAUUCCAGCUAUAUUAGAACUGCGUGUAAAUAUACUCACAUUACAUAUCGACUGUCGCCUUUGGAGUACUCUUUCCCUGAGAGAGAGAGGUGAAAUAGAUAAUGAUAGUAGUGAAAUUGAAUGUGCAUGAGUGACAAGUGAACCGCAUUUUUACCACCAAUUUGUUUUGGUUGUAUACAGUGUAGAAAAUCCUAUCUUACAGUCAGUAAUUUGCCGGAAAUAGCAACAUGCAAUGCCAUUGUGGAACAUUUUUUUAACCAUAUUUUAAGUCAGUGCUGCCAUAUGUUCGGUUGAAGUUAUUUCUUCCCAUUAUGCUCAUGGGCCUGAGAUGUUUUUUUCAGCAGCCCCAAAAAAGCUU